UUCUUGGCGCGCCAAUAGAUCUUGACGCUGCACCUGCCCGAUGACAGCAAAAAAUCUUUAAAAAUGAAUGACUUUAUUUCCAUAUUUGUCUUGGGGAGGCAAUUAUGGCUGCUAGGAAAGCCCAAACACUAUGUUAAUAAGUGACGGCGUUUGAGCCAAGCGAAUUUGGCUGGCAAAUUUAUAUAAAUAGCGUUGGCGACAGUGAGUGAAGAUGGCGGUCAAUUUAACAAGGCUUCUCGCUCUUUUCAGUGUCUUUUGUGUCUUGGCUGAAACAGCUGGAUCUCUCAGUAUAGACGAUGUAAAGUCCUGGGCGGGUGAGUUGCGAAGAAACUUGUCAGGGUUCUUCAACGAUACCACCCAGUACAACAAAAUUCAAGAGGAGUACCGUCAGUCUGAGCUUUCCGCUCUGGAGAAAAAUGGUAGCGCCAUUGCCGAGGAGAUGAAAAAGCGCCUGGAGCGUAUUUUGCAAGAAAAGAUUGAUUCUAUCAAGAAUCUUGCUGCAAAGGCAGCAGAACUCAGAAAGAAUUACACUUACAAGACUGGAUCUGUAAUUAAAGAGACUGAGUAUUUUGACACUAAGAACCUGCAAGACUUGGCUCUUGAAAAAGACCCAAAGUUUUCUGAUAAAGUUGCUAUUAACAAAUCUAGCAGUGUAGUGCACAUACCAACGGAUGUUUACGAAGGGGGAGUGAAAAUUCUCAAUACCAUUAACUGGACUGAUGGACUGGAUAAGUACUUCAAAGAAAAUGAACAGAAGGACCAUACACUAUUAUGGCAGUAUUUUGGAAGCUCUGAUGGUGUUUACAGAGUGUAUCCCGGUUUCAAAUGGAGAAAUACUGACACAGACACUUUUGACAACAGAAGACGUGGCUGGUAUAUUCAAGGUUCAAGUGCACCGAAAGACUUAAUUUUGGUGCUAGACUUGAGUGGCAGUAUGGCUGGUCAAAAACUGUCCAUUCUUAAGCUUGCUGCAUUGUCAUUGCUUGAAACACUGCAAGAAAAUGACUUUGUUAAUAUUGUUGCAGUGUAUAAAGGAGCACCUGUGAUGUUGUGUCAGUUGAAGAAAAAUAAGGAGAUAGGCAAGUCCUCUGAAAAAUGCAGUAAGCAACUGCUGCAAGCCACUACACAGAAUAAAAAGUUCUUACAGCAGUUUAUUCCUCAUAAUACUUUUGCUAUGGGGAUUGCAAAUGCUAGCAGUGGAUUCCAAUUAGCUAUUGAUGUGCUGAAGGAUUCAAGAGAAAAGAACUAUUCAUCCUCAGAUUGCACACAAGCAAUUAUUCUUUUCACAGAUGGAAUGGAAGAAAGCCAAUUCAAAGAAAGUACAAAGAUAUUUAAUAAGGAAAACAAAGAAAAAAAGAUCCAUGUUUUCACCUACCUUGUUGGGAGUGAAAAAGGAGCAAAGUAUGAUCCACUGGAAAAGAUCUCCAUUAGUAAUGGAGGUUGCUUGUUUAACAUACAAACCCUCUCAGAUGUCAGGGAGAAAGUUUUAUCUUAUGUAUCAGUGCUCAGUCGUCCAUUAGCCUUUGUGGAGGGUGGACCAGAUACAUCCUGGACCCCUAUUUACCUCGAUGGCCUGGGACUUGGCUUAAUGAUAACACUAGUGGCUCCAGUGUUUAACAUCACUAGUCCCGAAGAUAAAGGACAACUGCUGGGAGUGGUGGGGACUGAUGUGGCCUUACCGCAGCUGGAGGGCACUGUCCCGUUGAGCGACGUUGGGGUGAACGGCUAUGGCUUUGCAAUAAACAACAAUGGCUUUGUGUUGUUCCAUCCAGGCCUCGAUAAGAAGUGGUUUAGAAAGUUUGGCGAGCCGCCCAAAGAAGCAUUGGCUGAUAACAAAGUUGUAAGUGCUAGUGUGGGUUGUCUUACUUCCAAGGAUGAACUGUUGACCGUGAAAUUUCCCUCCAUUCCUGCAUGCAAAUCAUAUCUUGCUGUACAAUGUCACUGAGUUAUUAGCUUGGUGUUUGGUGGGUAGAAUCGAACGAGUCAUCAAUUAGAAACUGUUUGAGUUUUUAUGGUUAAUGAGAUUAUUGUUACCACUAUUAUUAUUAUUAUUAUUGUUAUUAUUAUUAUUAUUAUUACUAUU